AUUCUUUCCCUGUUUACUACUACAAAUGGGCACCUUCCAUUUUAGGCUCCGCUGUAUAAUCUGUUCACCAACUCGCGGAACUCUUUCUCGACAUUCCAUUUCUUUGCUAGUAAUCAACUGCCUUGGACCUGACUAUCCGGGUGUAAUAAACACGAUGCUCAAAGGGUUUCUGAUUACUCUUGGAAGAGUUAUUCACUUGAGUCUAUUCUCAUCUUCUGGAGUCCCCUUUACUGUGUUUUCCACGUUACCAUGGCCUACAGAUGUCCAGGACAUAAUGACGACAAGUCACCCAGGCACACUGAGGAUGGUCAAAGUCAAUGCCGUGACGACGAUCUCCAUCACCAUCAAAGUUAUCCGACAUUAUUCCAGACACCAACAAAACAAAGGAACAGUGACCUUGCUUCCAGCUCCCCGCCAUGCCAAGAAAGAAUCCAUUAUCCAAUAUUCAAUCCUCAUGAUCCUCGACACAACCCUUCCAUAGCCUCCACAUCAUGCCCAGCAAUCGGUUAUCUCUCCAAAACACCCAGCCCCCAGAGACCAAUGCGCUGGGUCCAGGAACUGCCUGGACGGUCAUUGCGCAAGGCAAGAUCGGGUCUCUUGGCUUUGACAAACGGAAUGAAGUGCCAUUCUGUUUUCUGGGACAAGUCCGCAAAACAAUCAGUUCCUGACAGUUGCUCCAUCUGUCCGCCUUUUCAGGAGCAGCUUUAUCCAUAUAAAGGACGUUCAUUCCCGCAAACCAUAUCCGAAGCAAGCACAGAGAUAGACUUUGAUUUUGGCGUGGAGAUCUAUCGCACUUGUCGUAACCGGUCAAAACCAGCGUCCGUAUCGAGCUGGGAUGAUGAAGGAAUCGCCGAGGUCAGACUCUCUUCGUCCCUGACCUUAGUCAGUCCAGACACGUUGUCGAAAGUGGACCUUGGAUCGUCGAGGCCUGGUACGUCAAUGCUCAAAAGACAGGAUCACAGUAGCUCGAGCCAACAGCCAGGCCGGACAUCCCAACUCUCCAAUAUCUCAUCGAAGAAACAGACCAUUAAGUGGCAGGAUGGAUACGUCAGCCGGUCAUUUCCGGAAACCGAGUCUGAUGUAUCUGUAACAGUCUCGUCCUCGUCUUGCAGUACCUCUAGAAGCAACAGAGUUCAGAAAAGGAAGGAAGCCGGCGCCGGAUCUUCAUCGUGCACAGAGUCAUCGGAAUCAGAGAUCAGCUCCAGUGACAGCAACGGCAAUGAGGCGAUGCAGCGGACCCCAAGACCUUAUCCAGAAGUCUCGGGGACUUCCACGGACGACCCGUUCAUGUCUGAACAAUCUCGUCGCGGAUCUUCUGAAUCCACUGGCAACACUAGUCUUGAGUUAUCGGAGGAACUGCGCCAGAUAGUAGGAGCAAUGGAAAGGUUCACCACGGAUAUCGACAUGCCCGAUGAUUCUUCGUGCGAUGAUAUCAGAGACAUCUACGGAGAAAACCGACAACCCUCUGGCAGCGGCAUAGACCACGCAUCUAUGGGAACGUUAAGCAGUCGUCCAGGGCCAGAGAUUGGCAUCAACACGUCCCGAAGAAUAAACCCUAAUCCCUAUGGCCCUAUGAGGAACGCUCCUCGCUGGAGAGUGAUACCGCGUCCAAACCGGCGAGAUGAUUCACUUCCCAAGGACGAGUAUUUCCUCGUGGAUGGAAAAUCCAACGAUUCCCCUCCUGGGAGGGGCGACAACAGAAUAAGAGCUGAGAAGAGGAUCGUCAGUGAUGGCAGUAUCCACAGCGGUCCGGGGCUUGACCGUGAUCCAGGCGUAAGAGCACAGUUUGUUCCCCAAGCCAUCGGACCAGGAAGUCCUCGGAGGGUGGCGUCACGCCGUGAUGACCAGGCCGAGGUCGAAAGAAACCGCAGUGACUCGACGGACGAAUAGAUAUCCACGUAACAGGUUCUGCGGCAGUGGAUCCGUUCCUUGAGCGGUUGCGAAGAGAAAGUUUUUGUCUAUGGAGAUCUCUGGCGCGUUGUCUUCCUUGCAAACUCUUUGGAAUUCCGCAUCGACAUGGCAAGCAAGUCGAAUUAUUUUGUAUCAGUAGCGUGGAAGAGGUGUUUCACCUAGAUAACACUUCUUUUGAGACAAAAAA